ACACACACACACACACACACACACACACACACACACACACACACACACACACUUAGACACGUGCUGCAGGGAAGAACUGAGUGUUGGGUCGCUGAGCAUUCAGGUCCCCCCUCCCCUUCUUCUUUCUCCCUCUCCACUGUCACUCUCACUCUCUCACUCCCUCUCCCUGUUCACCUUGUCUGUUCCGGCUGUGUGGUUUAUUGUUGCGUCAGAGCUAAAGAGAGCCAGCAAGAAGCAUGCCAGGGGAGAGCUCUCACAGAACUGUCCCCACCGACAAGCAUCCUGAGCAUGGAGCUGAGGAGACAGGGCUCCCUGGACCAGACAUGACUAGACACCAGUCUACUGACUCCACCCCUAGUGACAGUGGCUCCUCCCCUAGUGACAGUGGUUCUAGCCCUUCGCCCAGUACUCCUCAGAAGCUACUCCCAGCAUGCACCUCUCCAUUUGGACCACGGAUAUUUCAUGCAACACCUAGCUCCUCUGGUACUCCACGACCUCAACCUGAAGGCUCUGACCAUCGCAACAACACACAGAGACUGUCUGGAAAGUUAGGUGGUCAUGGACCUUGUGGCCGCCAUGUCCCUGUUAAGAUGGAGAGAAUCAAGGUCCUGACUGGUUCUGAGGUUGAGAGUGACUAUCAAGAGCCACAAACCAUUGACACAAGGGUGGUGAUGGGUCAAGAGACACUGCUCAAAACAACAGAGAUCCAGAAAAGAAAACCCAUGGUUGAGCCAAGUGGUCAGGCUAUCCCUUUGCCAGCUAUUCCAAGCUUUUCAGGUCCUCAGUCACAAGCAAAAGAGACCCAGUUGGAAACCAGCAAAGAGGAAAACCAAGCCCAAAUCCCUCAAAAACAGCAGGAUCAGCAAAAAGACCCUGUGCAGCCCCCAAUCACACUCCCUUCCCCUUUUCAGAACCCCCUAUUUCCUUCUUCUUUCUCCGCAGAGCCAAUCAGAACAGAUGACAAUUUGAAAGACAGCCAGGAAGAGGGUCAAAAACUUUCUCAAGACGAAGUGCCUUCCCUUUCUUUUUCUGAGCUUGUCUGUCCAGUUGCUUUGUCCUUCUCUGAGCCAGCCUAUGCUGUUGACCCACUACGAGUGGGUGUGCCCUCAUCUCUUGACCCUGACCUAUACUAUACUGCUCCUUCCACCCCAAUCAAGAUGGCCUCCCGUUCUUUGCACCUUAAACAUCAUUCAUAUCCUGGUUCUCCAGUCUGCCCACUCUCCCCAAGCUCUCCCUCAGAUAGCGAGGACCUCUGUUCCCCUCUCACCUCUCCCUCUGGCUCUUAUAUCACAGCAGAGGGAGGCAGCUGGACCUCCUCUUACACAUCUUCAACCUCCCCCUCCACUUCUCCUAACCUGCUCCUCACAGAAGAAGCACAGGAGGCCCCUGCUUGCUUUGUGGGCUCCUUAUCGGAGAUUGGAGAUGAAGUUGCGGAGGAAAAGGGACGAGCAUGUCCAGAACGGGAGGAGGAAAAGGCAGGAGGCUUCUGCCUGUACCGUCCUGAUGAUUUUGUCAUGAAUUCACGGAUGGGUAUAACAGGGACAGUGAUCCUUGAGGAGGAAGAGGCUCCAAAAGAGGAAGAGAUUAAGAUUUCCAGAGAAAGUUGUCGUCCUUGCUGGGUGACUGACAAUACAUCUCCUUUAAGGAGCAGUAGCAGCCGUAGCACUGACUCCCAGGAAGAGGGGGGAGAGUCUGAAAGCUCACUCUGCCCACUGGAAGAGACUAGUGCAGGGAGAGCAGGGUACUCCAGGGCCUUGCAGACAGGCCUGAAACUUCAUCUGGAGGCAUGUGUAUCAGAGGAACAUUAUGGACAGAUGGAUGAUCACCCAGAACUACCCUCCACUGCCUUGACUCCUGACACAGAGAGCAUGACCAUGGCCUCAUCUAGCCUUAGCCCUGACUCACCUGUCAGCCCCCUGGAUGCCUUCUGUCCUGGAGCCUUUGGUAUGUUCGGACCCAGUUCUUUCAUGCUCUCCCAGGCAGCCUGUGCUGAUGAUAUACCAGUGGAGGAAAUGAUGAUCCCUGCCUCUCUCAUCUCCUUUCCCCUCCACACCAGCCUUAUCUUUAAGGCUGAUUCAAUGGAAAUCACCCUCUUCCCCACAGAGGAUGAGAAUGAUAUCGGAGAAGGUAAUGACAUCAAUGAAGGGAAGGAUGUUAAUGCUUAUGCAGCAGGAGAGGAGGAGGCAGAUGUCGAAGAUGACGAUGAUGAUGAAGAAGAGGAUGAUGAUGAUGAUGAUGAUGAUGAUUAUGAUUAUGAUGACGAUGGUGAUGGCAAUGCUAAUGGCUCUGCUGACGGUGGUGACAAUGAUAAAAAUAAUGAAGAUGAUGAUGGUGAAGAGCAUGAUGAGGCAGGUGAGGAAGCUAAGGUAGAAGUUAAAGUGGUAGAAGAGGAGGAAGAAGAAGAGCAAGAAGAGGCUGAUGAGAAGUGUGAUCACAAAGCAGUGCAGGAUCCUACAGAGGAGGACAGCUCAGCAUCCUUCCUUCAUUCACUUUCAGAGACAUCUAUCAAUGAGGGGUUGGAUGAAGCCUUCUGUUUCCAAGACGAUACAGAUGACUCAUUAGAUUCUGCCUCCUAUAAUGGGGAGGAAGAUGAACGUCUAUACAGCACUGAGAGGCAUGCACAAUCAAUAGAACCCACACCAAUGGAUGCACUUGAUCUAACUGAAGUCCAAACAGAACCUGAACAGGGGCCUACCACUGGAACAGGUCAAACUGAACCUUCGCACACACAACUGACAACAGACAAAGUUGUGGAUCCCCCCAAAAUGACCUGUCUUUCUGAAUCCAUUGCUCUGGAUAAACCUACACCCCUGGAUGAACCUGAACUGGAAUCUACCAGUGGAAUAGAUCAGACAAAACCUUUGCACAUGCACAUGAGCACAGACAAACCAGUGGAUCACCAGACACCAUUCGGUCCUUCAGAAGCUAUUUCUUGUCAACCAGAGUUCUCCAGCAACGUGGACGAAAGUGGGAGUGAAAGUGAGAUGAUGGAUAUCUCUGGUUCUUCCAACCCUCUUGAGCACCCUAAAGACAGCUCUCAUGUGAACCCUUCCACCACUACUGUUGUCAUUUAUGUUCCACCUGACCCUGCUGCUGAGUUCCACAACUCUCCUCCUUCUGCCGCUUCUGCACAGGAGAUGGCAGACCUUAACAGUUCAGUUCUUCCAGAAGAAUUGGCUGAGGAAAAUCCCGAGAUGAAAGAUGAUGAUUUGCAAGAGAGCAAUGAUUAUUCAGGCGGGGACUCCCCAGAAAAACCAGAAAGAGACUCUUUCAAAUUGCUCAUCAAGCCUCGUCAUUAUCAGCCAGAAAGCCACAGGGCUGUAGGAGCAAGUAGACUUGUAUUAUCAAAGUUUUUCUCCAAUAAAUCAGAUGUGCCUGGAGGGGCAGAGGACACAUGUAGGACAAGUAUUCACAGGGAGUCUGACAUUGAGCUUGACCAAAGGAAUGGGAAUACUUCAGCUGAGUCUAUGAGUGUGGAGUGUAGAAGCGUUGAUUCUGCCACCAAUGACUUGAAUAAAGGUGUUCUUCUUCUCUCCUGCCCCAAAGAACCUAGUCCCAACCCCAGUAAUAUCCCUGUUUCUGCCUCUCCAGAGGUCAUCUCAGAACUUGCUGACAAUCUGGCCCUGACCCCUGGUGACUCUGCCCAGGAGAACCUGAGAGAAAACACCCUGAGUACUGAUGAAGGGGUGCUGGGAGCUGUUGGAUCCCCACACUAUCCCCUUGCCAUCUCGCCCAAAAGGGAAAACUCAGAAACAGACAGCAGGGGCGGGAGCAGGGAGAUGCGUCCUGGAGCUGGGGCGUGGUGUGAUGACAGAAUGGAGCUGGGGUUCGGUCUAGGAUUAGGAUCAGGGGCUGGGUUUGGUGUGUGGGGAGCAGGGGAGUACCUCUCCCUGUCUCUGGGGAAGAGGUAUGAGAGUCUGCUCAUGUGUGACACAGAGGGCCAAAGCACACAGACGGCUGUGGAAGUGUGUGAAAAUUAUGACAACGUUCUGGGUUCUGUUCUGGAUGAGGAAGACAACAACAGUCUGUGUGGAAAGAGGGACCAGAUGGCGGAUGAAGAAUUAGUAGGAGAGGGAACUUCUGAGUCCAACUUGGCUAGCUGGAAGUCCAUUGAGGAGAUCUCAGAAGCAGGCGGAGGGGAGGAUGGAAGCUCCAGAUUUCCGGAGGAUGAUGUCAGUAAUCUAAAUCCAGACAAUGAUGGAGAUAACACGCACACACAAAUACAAGACACUUGGAAGAAUUCUAACAAUAACAAUGACUCUGCCUUUGACUCCUUGGAAGUAGCCAUGUGUGAAAGUCUGAAUGCUCUAUCAGAGGAAGUGCGACCCCAGAGUGUGAGUGUCAGUGUUAGAGAGUCUGUGUCUAAUAUUCCACUUGAGGAGAUGCCACCUCAGGUUUCUGACACAAUUCCAGAUGAAGGGGAACAAAAAGACAGCUCCAUAAACCAGGCAUCAGACACAACACAGGCACCAUCCUCAAAGGAAGAUGCCUGUAGCAUCUCAGUGCCAUUAGUUGAAACUCACAUGAACAAAGCUGUAACAAACCAGCAUCUCAGUUCACCAGAUAAAGCCAAGUCAAGAUGUCAUACUAGACCAGAGUGUCAGACAAUCACUCCAGAGAGUAAUACAGCAUUUUCUUUGCUACACGGAUCAUUUGGUUCCUUUACUCCUAAAUGUAAAUCUAACGAAACCAGACCAAGUAGAGCUUGGCAAGACAAGAUGGAAAAUACGGGUUCCCAGUCAGAACCAGAGAUGGUGAAGCCUCCGACUGAAGGCCAAAGAAAAGUUGAUGUCAGUCCUGUGACUGACAGACUUGUUGAUGAACCAAAGACUACAGAUGCCUUUCGAGGACAGCAAUGUGUUGUUAGUAACUCAGGGGUAAAAGACGAGGAAGAAAAAGCAGAAGAGAAAGCAAAAAAGAGAGGUGAGGAAAAGGACAGGAAGAACAAAAAGGAAAGAAAAACCUCUCCUGCACAGAAUGUCCCAGAGCACUUUCCGUGUCACACCCCUAAAGGGGAACUUUGCACAGAAAAAACAAUUGCUGCUAAGAAAGGGAGGAGAGGGAAGCAGAACAAACACAGGGCAUCCCAGAAAGGCAAUCAUGGUGACUCUAGCCCUGAAUCUGUUGAUGAUCCAAAGAAACCCUCUGUUCCAUUAAAUACCACAGCAGAUGGAUGGUCAAAAGGGGACACAGACAGUUCUAAAACUAAGACAGGCCAAAAGGCAAACAACAAAGCUUCAUCGUCGGACUGUCAACAGAAAACGUCUGGGACAAACAAAGAUGAGUUUGGUUCACAGAUACAGGGGGAUAACAGUCCCAGUCCUGAGGUCAAAAUUCCUAUCCAUGGACUCUGCAAAUCUACCACACAUACCACAGACAACCUCAAUGUUGUCUUAGCAAUUAACCAAGAAUUACGUCAGGAACAGGAAGUGCUUGAUAACAGACCCCUGUCUGAUAGUCAGAGAGGAAUCACAGUGGAUAUUAAUGAUAACAACAUAGAUGCUGGCCAAAUCCCACCUACCCAUGAUACCUUAUCAUACUCUGUGACUCCACUGUCUUCCUCGCCAUCACCUGUUUCCUCUUCCUCCCCUCUACCAUGUUCCUUAACAGAGCCAGAGGAUGAUCUUCCCACACCUGUGCAGGAAUCCCAACCUGUCCCCUCAGCCCAGCAACAGCCUUCACAGUCCAUGUGCCACACCACCCCACCGCUUUGCUCUACCUCCCCCCAGAAACAAGAAGCCCUUGAUCCCCAAUUUCUUCCUCACAACAACCUCCAAGAGGUCACUGUUGUCCUUUCUGCAUCAACUACUUCUACCACAAGUGUCUCUUCGCCCUCAUUCUCCACUGCCAUGGUGUUAAGCCUGUCCCAGCCUACCCAGGAGUCAACUUCACCAGUGUCUGAGACUCUCGAUUCAGCAGGUGUUCCAGACUCUAUUUUCCAUCCCCAGUCUCAGCCUAAUCUCAACAUCCAGCCUCACAAACAAAUCAAGCAAGGUUGCACAUGGACCACACAAGACAGGUGCAGAGAUCCCAGUUUGGCUAAGGAGGAGACAGACAGUGAGGAUGAUGGUGGAAUGCCUCGACGUGGUCACAGAUCCCAGGCCAGAGGAGUGGCAGGAAACCGGAAUGGAGCUAUGCAGAGAGAGUCUUGUCCAUCCAAUCAGCGGGAAAUACAGCCUUUCUCUGCCCACCAAAUACCCGACAGACAGUCAGGCUGUCCAAUCAACCACAGCCACAAGAUUGCAGAAGAGAUCGACCUUUCUUUCCAAAACAAUUGUUCCAUAUUAGCUUCCUGUAAUGAGUCUGAGAGUGAGGGGUCAGUGCCUGAGCUAGAGGAGUCAGAGCCACUGAGACCAUCAGAGCCCCAGUCUGUCUCCUUUGCAGAUGAAGGGCUAAACAGACCAAAACAGAGCCGCAGUGAGAAGAAGGCCCGCAAGGCCAUGUCUAAACUUGGUCUAAAGCCAGUCCAUGGUGUGACCAGAAUUACCAUUAGGAAGUCCAAGAGUAUCUUGUUUGUCAUCAGCAGACCAGAUGUGUUCAAAAGCCCAGCAUCUGACAUUUACAUUGUAUUUGGAGAGGCAAAGAUUGAGGACCUAUCUCAGCAGGCUCACAAAGCAGCUGCAGAGAAAUUCAAGGUGCCUGUAACCUCUUCUCCCUUGGCCCCACCUGUCCCACCCAGCCUCACCAUCAAGGAAGAGAGUGAAGAGGAGGAAGAAGAGGUGGAUGAGGGAGGUCUUGAGCAGAGGGAUAUCGAGCUGGUGAUGGCUCAGGCCAAUGUGUCACGAGCCAAGGCAGUCCGAGCACUGAAACACAACAAGAAUGACAUUGUGAAUGCUAUCAUGGAGCUGACCAUGUGAGUGGUGAGGACGAUAUGACUCCUGACCCCCUCCUCCAGCCUAUACAGUCUAAACGCCACUGACUCUUCUGUAUCGCUGCUACUGUAUGUUGCAUCCCUAAUAUCUGCUAAAUAAAGUUUGUUCCUGCGUGGGCUGGGGCUGCAUUGUAAGAUUGCUUUUACUGAAAAGAUAGCAGAUGGCUUGUAACUUGUUUUAACAUUAGGAGCAGCACAGUCCUUCACAUUUUGCAAACUCACAAGGCCUAUUAAAACUUUUUUCCUAAAGUAAAAUCUAUCAAUUCAUUGUCAAUUGUAACAACAUAGUCUAAGCUAUUGUUUUAUUGAUGCUGGUGUUAGGGGUUAAUAGCCCUAUAUUUUUAAGUGUGAGCAAAUGAAGAACACACAAAAGGUCUUCACAUGAAAAAAAUCAUUUAUAUUGUUAAAACAUUUUCUCAUUGGGCUUUUAAUGUGAAAGGGGUUAUAUCAUCAUGUUGUUCAUGUGUGGCAGAUGCCAAUGGCUGGGUGGAUUCUGAAAUAGGCAAGACAAAAACAAAAACAUGAAAAUGUAAUGGCUUUUUAAAGGAAGCAUUGCAAGAAUACCGCAUUGUAAUAUUACCAUUACAUAUAAUUGCUUUACAUGUAAUGUUUUUGCAGAAGCAGCCUGCAGAUAUUAAAGGAAUACUUUGCACUGCUAAAUCGUUUUUGGACCCAGAAGAUUUAUGUAAGUCUCACAAUUAUUCAGACCCUUUAAUACCAACCUCAGAAAAAAGCUCAUUAAUCAGUGUUUACAUAUUACAACUGCUUACAUUGUCUAAAAUGUUCCUAUAUUAAUCAUACUCCAUAAAGUUACACUUUGCCAGCCCAAUGUGCCAGACUCACAUGUGCUAUCACCUUUUUUUAAGUUUAAGUGAAUGUGUCAUGAAAUUAAACUCUCAUUUUGUUCAGUUU